GUGUUUAGUUGUUUGUCUCAUCUCUGACCUAUUUGAAUAAAGCCAAAGCUCUGGGUAACAUUUUCAGAGAAAAAGACACACAAGAGGCUCCUGGGCCUUCUGAACACAGGGAGCCCACAUGAUGGUGCAACAAGGGCAAUCUCAAGGUAGAGUAAGGCCAGUAUGGUGGUCCCCCGUGAAGAUCUGGUCUGUUGCUGUGGUUUCCAUAGCAUUCCUCAGUGCUUGCUUCAUUGUGAGUUGUGUGGCGACGUAUCAUAUUACAUAUACAAAAACUAUCAAAAGGCUGUCUGAAUUACAUACAUAUCAUCCAAGUCUAACCUGCUUCAAUGAAGGGACAAGGGUGACAGAAAAAGUCUGGGGAUGUUGCCCAAGUACUUGGAAAUCUUUUGGUUCCAGCUGCUACUUCAUUUCUAAAGAAGGUAAUUUUUGGUCUAAGAGUGAGCAGAACUGUGUUUGGAUGGGGGCUCAUUUGGUGGUACUCAACACAAAAGCAGAGCAGAAUUUCAUUGUUCAGCAGCUGAAUGAAUCACUUUCUUAUUUUCUGGGACUCUCAGAUCCACAAGGGAAUGGCAAUUGGCAAUGGAUUGAUCAGACACCUUACACGGAAAAUGUCAAAUCAUGGCACGAGGGUGAGCCCAAUUUUUCUGCAGAGGAAUGUGCUUCAGUAGUUUUCUGGAAUCCUAAAGGAUGGGGCUGGAAUGAUGUUUUCUGUGAUUCUAAAAGAAAUUCAAUAUGUGAGAUGAAUAAGCUUUAUCUAUGAGUGGAACUUUAUUCAUUGUCACAUUUAAAAUGGAGACCUAUCUUAAAAUGAUAAUUUCCUCUUCUAAUUUAUGUGUAAUUCUUAUCAUAGAGCAGUGGUUCUCGACCUUCUGGCCCUUUAAAUACAGUUCCUCAUGUUGUGACCCAACCAUAAAAUUAUUUUCCUUGCUACUUCAUGACUGUAAUGUUGCUACUGUUAUGAAUCAUAAUGUAAAUAUCUGAUAUGCAGGAUGGUCUUAGGCGACCCCUGUGAAAGGGUCAUUCGACCGCCAAAGGGGUCGCGACCCACAAGUUGAGAACCGCUGCCUUAGAGGUUUAUGGAAAUAUCCAGAUGCCUUACUUCCUUCAGUCAUCCCUUUUAUAGUUUCUUCUUUUCCACUAAUAAUAGGGUGAACUCUUCCAUUUUAAAAAAUUUGUUAUGCAUUCUUUACUUUCUUCAUACUUCUUUUCACAUACAUUCCUUGGGCAAGAGAUGGUACUAUUUUGUCUAUCCAAAGACUCAUAAUGAGGUAACUAUUGAAAAUUAAGAAGGACUUUCCUCAAAACUCUAUAGAGAAAUUCUUUUGGUCAAAUAAGUAACUGUGACUGCCAUCAUGUGGAAGCCUGGCAAGGGCUGAAGGGUCUACUUCCUCGAUGUCUUACUCACAUGGCUGGCAACUUGGUACUGGUUUUUGUGAGAAGGCCUCCCAUCCUCACCAUAGGGAACUCUCCAUAGGG